AUGCCUGCGCGUACUAGCCGAAUGACGCUGGGCCGGCUGCUCGGCCUGUCUCGAGAAAACAAUCGGGCUCGCGACUGGUUCUUCGAGGAUAGCGGCAACCUGCUUCCCCACCACAGGCAUCACGAACUCAAUCCUUCUAUUCCGCCGCUCGAGGUCACCAAAAUCGCUCUUCGUCUGCGCCACCUCAUUGAAGAAUGCGUCCCGUGCGAGCUCGAAGAAAGCCUUAUCACGCAAGCCCACAGCCGAGUCAUCACAAGGGAGGUUGUCCUGGCUGCCAAGGAAGCGGGCGGUGAAGAGUAUCGAUCCUGCGUUGUGUUUGCUCUGCUUGUGUGCUCUCGGUGGUUCAAGCGGCAGGCUCACUUGGAGCUGUGGGAUGCCACUCUACACAAUGUUCGGUCUACUGCUUGCGAGGUGAUUGCGAAGGCCAUUAUCGAGGGCGAAGAAGACAUGAGCUAUCUCCUCCACACCGUCCUCCUCCAUCGGUUCUCCAUUCUCGUCAACGGCAAGCCGACGCCGCCUGCGAACGCCGUCGAAAAGGCCGUUGACCUGCACGCGCUCCGUGUAAUCUGCUCCUCGGGAUACCAAAAGUGUCUUCAGUACCUAUGGAGAGGUUGGCUGGUGCAAGACGAGGAUGAUCCCACAGUGUUUGUGGACUACCGGGGUCGCGAUGACCAGCGCUAUAUCGUGCAUCUCGAUCCGGACCGCCUUCGCGCGCCCGUUUAUCAGAAUAUCGCCCGACUUCUCUUCUCUUUCAUCUACCUAGCUCUGUACACCAUGUCCAUCAACUCCGUAAACCCCAAUGGCGAGUUCGACGCUGCCGAAAUUCUCCUUUUCCUCUUCACCCUAGGCUUCAUCUGCGACGAGUUUACAAAGUUCUGGAAGGCCGGUUACCACAUCCUGAGUUUCUGGUCCGCCUUCAACGGGGUACUCUACGCUGUGUUAACCGUCUCUUUUGUAUGUCGCAUGAUUGGCCUCAGCUACCCUAUCGGCCACGAGCUCCGCCACAGCUACGAUAGCCUCAGCUACAACUUCCUCGCCUUCGCCGCCCCCAUGUUCUGGAUCCGCCUGCUGCUGUACCUAGACAGCUUCCGCUUCUUCGGCGCUAUGCUCGUCGUUCUCAAGGUCAUGAUGAAGGAGUCCAUCAUCUUCUUCGCUUUACUCGCCGUCAUGGUUGUGGGUUUCCUGCAAGCCUUUAUCGGCCUUGACCUUGCUGAGGAUUUGAAGACGGACGAGAUCUGGUUCAUCAUCCAGGCCAUGGCCAACUCGGUGAUGCAGAGUCCUGAAUUUGAUGGCUUCGAAAAGUUUGCACCGCCGUUUGGCAUCCUACUCUACUAUGUAUUCACAUUUAUCGUCAUGGUCAUUCUCCUCAACAUCCUCAUUGCCUUGUACGGCUCUGCCUAUAGCGAUAUCUAUGAAAACGCCGACGACGAGUACAUGGCCCUCUUUGCCCAGAAGACGAUGGAGUUUGUCCGCGCACCCGACGAGAACGUUUACAUUGCGCCCUUCAACCUCGUCGAGAUUGGUGUCAUCGUUCUCUUCUCCUGGUGGCUCCCCAAGCGCCAGUACGAGUUCGUCAAUGACGUUGUCAUGGCCAUUCUCUACUCGCCCCUCCUCCUCAUCGCCGCCUACUUCGAGUCUCGAAAGGCCGGCGAGAUCCGCCGCAACCGUUCCCGCGGCGAAGACGACGACGAUACGGUCGAGGAGUGGGAGCAGAUUGAGGACCAAAUCGACUUUGAAGCCGAAGGUUGGACUAAGCGGUGCGCGGCCGUCAAGGCCAACGUCGAGACGGACCCGGCUGUCAUUGAAGUUAGGAAGCUCAUGGACGAAGUGGCGGAGCUCAAGUUGAUGAUUGCGGAGCUGAAGAAGGGCAUGGAUGGGGCUAAUGGGAAGAAGAAGGAUGAUGUGAAGAAGGGUAGUGAGGGUGAUGGCGAAGACUCGUAA